CCCUUCGACUGAAUAGUCGGUCGUUGACGUGACUCCAGCAGACGACGUUAGCGACAAUGUAUUCAACGUGAAGUGAUUUCAAUGUGCAUUUCCGGCAAAAGCAUAUUCCACAAGUUUGUAAUCUACCUGCACAGUGCUGGGAAUUAAAUUCAACCUUUAUUUCCCUUAUCACAAAAGUUACUCGUCAGUGGGCCAUGAAAUGGCUUGUAUAAAUAUUGACGAAGAAAAGCUUAUCAGUAACUCAUCUUCCUCACCAGAGACAAAUCCAGAUUUUCUAGUCAUACGUAUUAUUGGCCGAAUAGUGAUCAGUGUAAUCAAACAAUGCUGGGCAUUGAGUAGCGCCAUGUUCAUCACCAUCUGUAUUUUCUAUUGGAUCUUUGGGGGUAUUUCUGCUUUCAUCCUUCUUUGUUUUUCUGCUGCAGGCAUAGUCUAUCGAGCUGGAGAUCAGUUGCUGUAUUAUCCAGAGGUCCCGCUAAAUUCUAGAAUUUUUGUACCGGCACCAAAUACCUUGGACCUUCCAUUUGAAAAUGUUUUUAUAAAAAGCAUGGAUUCUACCAAACUUCAUGCCUACUUUAUCCCACAACCACAAGCACAACAAUGUGCAACAAUUUUAUUCUUCCAUGGAAAUGCUGGAAAUAUUGGACACAGAUUACCUAAUGUAAAGGGGCUUUUCAAACAUCUACAAGCAAAUGUAUUCUUGGUAGAAUACAGGGGAUAUGGCAUGUCAGAAGGAACAUCCUCUGAAUCAGGCCUGUAUAAAGAUGCUCAAGCUGCUCUUAAUUACCUAUUAAGUAGGCAAGAUAUAGACCAAAGAAGAAUCGUCGUGUUUGGAAGAUCAUUAGGAGGAGCUGUAGCCAUCGAUCUGGCUUCUCGGACGUGUAACGUGGGGAAAAUAGCCUGCGUGCUUAUCGAAAACUCGUUUACUUCAAUCCCUGACAUGGCUAUUCAAAUCUUUCCAUGGAAAGGAUUGAGAUAUCUACCUCUUUGGUUCCAUAAAAAUAAAUUCCAAAGUAAGAAGAAAGUGACAUCUCUUCAGUGCCCUAUUGUUUUUAUUUCGGGUCUCUCCGACCAGUUGGUUCCGCCUUCAAUGAUGGUUGACCUCUAUACGCAUUGCGGCAGCGAACGCAAAUUCCUUCUGCAGAUUCCAAAUGGAGAUCACAAUGGAACCUGGACAAAACCCUUUUACUACAAGCAACUGGAAAAAGCCAUCCAAGACGUCUGCAGCGACCGGCUUCUGAAUCAACAGCAUUUGCAAGUUUUACCUGUGAACGCGGUGUAAAUAGCCAGAAUAUUUGAAAUGCUCCAAUGCUCCCUAAUCUCUUGUAGCUAAGAGUGUCUAAAAAUUGUUUCUAAAACGCAAAUGUUUUUGUUUUUUGCGGCACCGGUUUUCCUC